GAGCGCGAGACUAUCCAAAUAUAAACGGCCGAGUCGGCAGACGUAUGCAGUACGAAAAUAAUCAAGGCACUGAACGGAUCGGGUAUUAACCAAGUGUAAAAGCACAAGUGAAAAAAAUGGCGCUUAUUCCUAUGGUGUUUCGUGACUGGUGGGACGACUUCGAACGUCCCCAACGUCUGCUGGAUCAACAUUUCGGAUUGGGUCUUCGUCGUGAUGAUCUAAUGAACACCUUAUCCCUUCCGUCGCUCCAUUCAUAUUUUAGGCCUUGGCGCAAUCUGUUGGAACAAACUGCAGGCCAAUCGAGAAUUGAGAGCGACAAAGAUAAAUACCAAGUGAUUCUGGACGUACAGCAAUUCGCACCAAACGAAAUUACCGUCAAGACUGUCGACAACUCCAUCGUCGUUGAAGCUAAACACGAGGAGAAAAAGGAUGAGCAUGGAUACGUAUCCAGACAAUUCGUCAGGCGCUAUGUUCUACCCGAAGACCAUGACAUCAAUCAAGUCGUUUCAAACUUGUCAUCUGAUGGAGUUUUGACGAUCACAGCCCCAAAAAUUGCUCUACCAGCACCUGGAGAGAAGGUCAUUCCCAUCGAACAAACUGGCAUGCCGGCUAUCAAAUCCACCUAAAGGUCCAGUGUUUUGGUAUUUGAUUUGCGUGGUAUGACACGCCUUUGAUUAUAGAAUCAACAAGAAACUUCUAGUUAUGUUAAAAUAUAAAAUAAGGAUACAUAUGUAUUUUUAAGUUUUCUUUUUCUUAAUAAUCAAAUUAUUUUUGGCAGACUGAUGUGAUUUUGUUUGUAUCAUAAUUUUUUAAAUAAUUUUAUAAUUAUAAAAAGUAUUAUCUUGUAACAAAAGAAUUAUUCGCCAAUAAAUGUGAUAGUAUAAACAUACAUGUA